CUGGAUUAAUUUUGACUGAGUAUUAAAAAUAAUGGAUAAAAACAUGUACCCAGCCUAUGUAGGCAAACACGAGCCAAUUUCAUCGUGAGGAAUUGACUCCAAAGUUUUGGAGUCGAUUCUCUGUUUCCUCUGCCAGGAAUCAGAGUAUCGACUCUUUGUGGAAUCGAUCCUCUGUUCCCAAUGCCAGGAAUUGGAGUAUCGACACAUUUUGGAAUCGACUCUCUGUUCCCAAGGCCAGGAAUCGGAGUAUCGACUCUUUUUGGCCACGCUGACAUGCGCACCAAAGACCAGAGAGAGGGAGAACGAAAACGAGCUGAAGUAUUGUUCUUUUGCAGAGGUGCUGUAAUCGUCAGGAAUGAGCUGUAGCUAGUUCCGGCAGUUGUGGGUCUCUCGGUGUGUGCUGAGCCCUGAGUGUCCCGUGGUGCAUCAUGGCGUUCAUCAGGAAAAAGGAGCGAUGCAAAGAGAGGUUUUCAUUGCUCUUACUAGACCUGGAGGAAUAUUAUUUUGAACAGCACACUGCAUAUCAGCUGGCUGCACUCCCAAACAGUCACAGAAAUAUUCAAGGCUCACUAAAGAUCUGUUCCAAGUCGGUCAUUUUCGAGCCAGAUGAGACGAUUGAGCCUAUUUUAAAGAUCCCACUGAAAGACUGCAGGCGGAUAGAAACGGUGGAGGAGAAUGAGUCCGCCCCUUUUAAAGAAACCAAGCCAGCAUCUGUACUUAUGGAAACCAAGCAGGUUUUUCUUAUUAAAGAGGGGAAUGUCGUUGCUCCAUACAAAUAUGAAAGGGGAGUAAGAAGUGUCAUGUUUCAGCUGGAGAGUCCCACAAAAACAGAAGAUGUUGUCCAGACAUUGCUGCAGUUACAUAGAGCAUCGUGUCUGGACAAGCUGGGAGACCAGACAGCAAUGAUCGCUGCUAACUUGCAAUCCAGGUUGGCGAGAACAUCUUUUGAUAAGAACAGCUUUCAGAGUGUCUCUGAGCAGCCACAUAUGGAGUGUAAGGCUGAGAUGGUGACCCCUCUGGUGACGAACCCUGGCCACGUCUGCAUCACAGACCACAACCUGUACUUCCAGCCCCUUAAUGGUUACCCUGAUUCAGUGGUGCACAUUGGACUUCACAGCGUCCUACGCAUCUACAAAAGAAGACAUGGCUUGAGACCACUGGGGCUAGAAGUGUUUUGUACAGAGAAUGAUUUAUGUUCAGAUAUCUACCUGAAGUUCUACAAUACUGAAGACAGAGAUGAACUUUACUACUACAUUGGCACUUUCCUAGAGAACCACAUAGUGGAGCACACAGCAGAGAGUUACAUGCUGCAGUGGCAGAGAGGACACAUCUCCAACUACCAGUAUCUGCUGCACCUUAACAACCUGGCAGACCGCAGCGUUAACGACCUCUCACAGUAUCCGGUGUUUCCUUGGGUCCUCAGCGACUACACUAGCCCACAACUGGAUCUGUUGAACCCUGCCUCUUUUCGGGACCUCAGUAAACCCAUUGGAGCAUUAAACAAAGAAAGACUCGAAAGACUACUGGAGCGUUACAAGGACAUGCCAGAACCUCGUUUCAUGUAUGGUAGUCAUUACUCCUCUCCUGGAUACGUCCUCUUCUACCUUGUGAGAGUGGCUCCAGAGCACAUGCUGUGUUUGCAAAACGGCCGUUAUGACCAUGCAGACCGAAUGUUCAACAGUAUUGGAGAUACCUGGAAGAACUGCUUAGAGGGAGGCACUGACUUUAAAGAGUUGAUUCCUGAGUUCUAUGGAACAGAUAGCAGUUUCCUGAAGAACAUGCUGGGUUUAAAUCUGGGUCGGAGGCAGGGUGGUGGGCGAGUAGGAGAUGUGGAGCUUCCUCCCUGGGCCAAAGAUGUGGAAGACUUUCUGCAGAAGAUGCGCUCUGCAUUGGAGAGUCAGUAUGUGUCAGAGAACUUGCACGAGUGGAUCAAUUUGAUCUUUGGUUACAAACAGAGAGGGAGUGAAGCUGUUGCAGCCCAUAAUGUUUUUCAUCCAUUAACAUAUGAGGGUGGCAUUGACUGUGACAGCAUUGAGGACCCAGAUCAGAAGAUAGCGAUGCUAACACAGAUUCUGGAGUUUGGUCAGACUCCCCGACAGCUUUUCACCAAACCUCAUCCUCAACGCAUCACACCCCGAUUCCACAACGUCUCAGCAGGGACGAGCAUCAGUACAUCGCCCAAUGACCUCUCGCCAGGUUCUCCCAGUAUGGAAUCGUUUGAGGAUCUGACCGAGGAAAGUAAGACACUUGCCUGGAGCAACAUGAACAAACUUGCAUUGCAGUCCGGUCACAAGAUCCACAAAGAGCCAGUGACAGGAAUUGCAGUGACUCUAGGUGGUGUGUCCGUUUUCACAACAUCUCAAGACUCCACCUUAAAGAUGUUUUCUAAAGAAAGCAACGCACUACAGAGGAGUGUGUCCUUUUCCAACAUGGCAUUGUCCUCUUGUGUGAUAUUGCCUGAGGAUAAAACUGUGGUUUGUUCUUCAUGGGAUAAUAAUGUGUACUUUUAUUCAAUAGCAUACGGCAGGAGACAGGACACACUAAUGGGUCAUGAUGAUGCUGUGAGUCAGGUUUGCUGGAGAGAAGACCAGCUUUACACGGCAUCAUGGGACUCCACUGUAAAGGUGUGGAAGUGUGUAGCUGCAGAUAUUUCCAGUAACAAGAGGUCACGGUUUUUGCUGUUGGCUGAGUUGGAGCACGAGGCCGGGGUUAACACUAUAGCUCUAAGCCCUGCUGGAACACUCUUGGCAUCAGGCACAAAAGAGGGCACCCUCAGUGUUUGGGAUCUUGCCAGCUUUUCCCUCCUGCAUCAACUCACCUGUCAUUCUGGAAAGAUCCACCAAGUGGCCUUUAGUCCUGACAGUCGAAACAUCCUGAGUGUGGCUGAGGAUUUGUAUUUGAAGGUUACAGACGUACAGACGGGUACAGUACUCUCUACAGUUUUUGCAGAGGAAGAACAGAGGUGUUUUUGUUGGGACGGCAGCAUUGUGUUAUCUGGAGGUCAGUCGGGGAACCUGCUCAUCUGGGAUCUUCUUACUAGCAAGAUCACACACAGGAUCCCUGCUCACUCUGGUCCCGUCUCUUGCAUUUGGAUGAAUGAGCAGUGCAGCACUGUCAUUACAGGAGGAGAAGAUAAACAGAUCAUGUUCUGGAAACCCCAGUAUUAGGACACACACGCGCACACACACACACGCGCACACACACGCGCACGCACACACACACACACGCACACACACACACACACACACACACACACACACACAGACACAUAUAUUCCCACAACUAAAUGUGCUGGACACAAGUAUUCAGUUUGAAGCCUGAGGUACAUUUUCCCCCCACCUGCUCUAUAGACCUGUGAGCAUAAAUAUGAUCCUACGAGUCGAUACUACAAGUCUGAUCCGAAUGCCGUUACACAAACUGAAUCAGGAAUCAAGUUCCAUUUUACUGAUGCUCUUAUUACAGUGUAAGUUUGUUUUGAUAUUUAAAGUUUACCAUGCUGUUGAUUGCAUUUUUUAUUGUUUUAUAUUAUUGUUUUAUCACUUUCAUUUUUAUUAGGAAGGAAUACGAUGGCACGUUCAUAAACAAGUGCAUUGUGGAAUCGCUGUAUAUCUUCAAUCCGUACACCUCAUUUGCAUGAAGAAAUGUAAACAUUAACUCCAUAAACCGUUUAAUGAAGAACGUUCAUUUGCCUGUCACGUUAUAAAGUUGACCUAUCUUCAAAAUUCCAGUCUCACUAUUUGUCUCGAUGGCUCAAAAGCAUUCUGAAUGUCAACAACUGCAUGUUUUUUCUUUGUUUAUUUUAGUUUAAAUAAAAUUAUCAAUUGACUUGGGUUAUAUUUAUGCUCACAAUAAAUACACAUUACUGUGUACAGUA